AUGACUAUCGACCAAGCCCUCAAAAGGUCCCCCUCAGCGCCAACAGCGACGCUCCCACGCGAACCUGCCUGCUCCAGGCUCUGUAGGCGACAUACCGUCAUCGUGGAUAUCGCCUCCCUUCUCAAAGCCCCCGACUCAAAUGAGUCUUCCGUGUCUCCUUCCCAGCAUCCGCGUUCUGCAUCAGUUCCUCCCACGGUGGCUACGACGGCCUCGACAGUGCCCAUCGGGCCCCCCUUGUACGCGUCGCCCCGUCCAAAUCUAGGAAUGGGCAUGGGCAUGGGCAUGGGCAUGGGGCCGUCGGUGGCAGUGACGGGGAAGCGCAGCAUGCCUCCUCACGCCUCGGAUCCUCCAGCGAAAAAGCAAAGCAAGUGGUCGCCCGAGGAGGACUCGCUCAUCAUCGACCUCCGAGGCAGCGGGAUGAAGUGGGAGGACAUCUCUAAGCGGUUGCCGGGACGCAGUGCCAUCAGCUGUCGACUCCACUACCAAAACUAUUUAGAGAGACGCAGCGAGUGGGACGAGGAGCGCAAGAACAAGCUUGCCCGACUCUAUGAAAGGUUCAAACCUGAAAUGUGGGCAAAGGUAGCGGAAGAGAUGCAAAUCCCCUGGCGAGCGGCCGAGGCAAUGCAUUGGCAGCUAGGCGAACAAGACAUGGCCCGGCGUACAGGCACAACCCCCUUUUCUCUCACAGCAGUCAACUCGGAUAACAACACGCAUUCGGGGGGCCGUCCCCGGGGCCACGCUCACUCGCAAUCUCAGGGCAGCAUUCCCCGCGAAGUCAUGGGCGCGUCAUCGAGGGCAGGAGGAGCGUACGGCAGAGGCAACACGAUGCCAUCCAUAUCACCCAGCCGGCCCUUAGCCACACGCAAAGACCUGGGCCCCCCGCCGCCUCAUCACCACCACUUUCCUGUCAAAUACGAGCACAAUACCGACAGCGCGUAUGUACAACAUGGGGCGCCCCUGGCCCCGAUCCAGACGCAAGCACAAUCCCGGCCCGGCAUGCUCCCCGGCCUCGCCGAGCUGACGACGGGCGUCAGCCCUUACAGCACCCCGGCAUACUCGGUUGGCGUUCCCAGCGCUAGUCCCGCCCACAGCGCAACGGUAAGUCCGGCACCGUUCGUGCCCGUGGGGUACCCGUCUCUGGAGCCGGCCGGGUCGAAGCGCAGACGGAGUCCUGAUCUAGGACCGUCGCCCGAGACGAGCAGACGGAGACAUUUGGACCAGUCGAUACCGCGGCACAUGCCCUGA